AUGGUUGCUGAUGCUUUGAGCUGGAAGACUUUGCAUAUGGCAAGUCUUAUAGUUAAGGAAUACAGAUUGAUGGAGUCGUUUAUGGUGUCGCAGCAGGAUGCGCCAUUGAAGGCAUUGGUUGGUGCCUAUUCCACUAAGAUUAACAAUGAUUUUCGGAAGGAACUGAGAAUGGCACAAUUAGAAGAUGAAAGUCUUUUGAAGAUUAAAGAAGAGAUUGAAGCAGAUCAAACUAUUGAGAUUUGUGUGCCUGAAGAUGUAGAUUUGAGAAAAGUUAUCUUUAAUGAGGCUCAUUGUAGCAAAUACAUAAUCCAUUCGGGAGCUACAAAGAUGUACCAAGAUGUAAAACGGUAUUGGUAG